AUGGGGAAAGGAUACAAUAAUUAUAUGUGCAAGAAGUUUUUCCACCCAACAAACUUCGAGAACAUAAAAAGAAAGUGGAUGGCUGAACAGGCCAAUGAGUACGAUACGAAAAAGGAACUAGAGAAACUAAAUCAAUAUCGUCGGGAGCAGGAAACCCUUGAAAAUCGCGUCCUUCUUGGCGAUGAGAAAGCUAGGCUUGGCUUGGCUUGGAUGUAUGACCAACCUGCUUUGAUGGAAAAGGAGCAGCCUGACGACAAAGAGGUAAAGUUUGAAUGGCAAAGGAAAUAUUGCGCCCCAAGGGAGGACUAUUGCAAAAAUUCGUCAGAAAUCAUUGAUCAACCCUUCGCUAUCGAAGUUCGGAACGUACGAUGCAUGCGUUGUAAACAGUGGGGGCACUUGAAUACAGACCGAGUUUGUCCACUUUUUGGCCAGUCUUUUACUAAGGAACCAACAACCAGCGAUAUGAUUGGUCUUGACCAAGUUCAAAAAAAUCUCCAAAAGGAAGGUCUUACUUUAAAGCGGGGAACGGAGUUAGACCGUUUUACAUCUAUAUUUAGCAAGGCGAAAAAAGCAUUGACCAACGUCUCGAGUCAAGCAUCUGAGGAAGAAGAUUCUUUAGCAAUGGAAUUUCUAAAAAACCUUACUGAGAAACAACGUGAAAAGCUAUUAAAGAAACUUUCAAAGCUUUCAGACAAAUCCUCGAAGCCGAAGAACCACACGUCAAGGCAUAAGCAUUCAAAGCGGCAUUAG